AUAAGGUGGCAGCACUUUUAUAUCUUUAAGCCUCGUAUCCGGCGCGAUAAGGUUCAACAAAUUGAAAAAGGUAGCCAUCAUAUGAAGAAAAAAAAAAUAAAGAUGUCGCCGCUCGGCGAACAGUUAGGCGCCAUGCACAUAUAGCGAAUAGCAUAUUUCUGUAUAUAUAAAAAUAUACAAUAGCAUUUAAGACUUUCCAACAACUUAUGUGUAUUUUUAUUGAAUAAUGGUUCAAAGUUAAGAAAUGUUAUUAAUGCCUUGUUAUUUUAUCAACAAUUGGAUGUCUAUAUGACAAUGUAGCAGUGGUGAUGGAAUCCUUUGAAGACUCAAAUUGUCCUUCGAUGAGUGAUAGUUUUUCUCUUUACGAACGUUAUAUGAGAAGUUUUAAUGUUAGAGAACAUUUUGAUGAUAGGCAUAGUGAGCAAUCUGUAUCUUCGAGUAGCCGAGAUUAUGACAGUUCUAACAGUGGUGGGAACAUUGACCUUUCUGUUGCAGUCCCAGCGAAUUUAGAUAAACAUGGGGUGCAAUUAAUUGAACCAGUUAGUGAUUCGCUAAAUCCAAUAUAUGAGAAUGUUGAAAAAGAUGUUAAUAGCGAUUCCUUGAUAGAGAAAUCGUCAAGUGUUUACUUGAUAACAUCGUCUGUGGGUUCGUCGUCAGAACAAUGUAUGACUGACAAGUCUGACCUCUGCGAGGUUCGAGUUUUUUCCGAAGAAUCCAAAUCCGGGGGCGAAAAACCCGUUUUCAUAACAUCAAUGAUGGAAAACAGUAAUAACGCCGUCGACAGCGUGCCCAUGUUUCGGGACGUGGUUCAUGAAAAUGUGUUCAAACUUCCAAUUAGCGAGCUUUCGUUUAAUGGCACGAUAAAGCAUGUGCAGAAAUUAAAGCCAAUCGUGGAUCCCUUGACAGCAUUGAGCACAGCAAAUGUUUUAAACGUCGACGAUAAUUCAGAAUCGAAAGUAGAUAGUGAAAUUCAGACGAGCGAGAAAAACAUACAAGCAUUCCAUGUAGAUGAAAGGAGUGCCAGUGAUUCAAGAAAUGACAAGACUGAGAGUAGUGGGGACUCUCAGUACCAGGAUAAAAUUGAUAAGGAUUCAACGGAGACAAUGGAGAGUUCAAAGUGGAAUUUAGAGCAGAGUUACUCCUCAUUAGAAGCCUCAUUUGACAGUGGUGUGCGUUCACCAGAUAUGUUUUCAGACGGUGAUGAUACAGAAAAUGAUCCGGAACCUGAACCCAUUUGGACGUUUUUAAAAGAUGUUGAGAUAUGUGAAAAGAAAAAAGUUAGGAGGAUUCAGGAAACUCUUCAAGGAAUACUACCCCCACCCUCAGUGACAACACUAAAGACUGAUGUUACUCAAAUGCUCAAGAAAUAUUACUGCUUUCUCCCUGCAUUCAAUGGAGAACAGACACUAAAUAUAGAAGAAAACUCUAUGACACCAACAAAAAAGGUUUCAUUCAUCCAAAUACCAGAUAUAUGCCAGUCUAUCCAAGAAACUGCAGACAAUGUUUCAAAUCCAAAUUUAGAGCUUGAGAAAAUAAGUAGCAAUUCUAGUAGAACUACUACUAAGUGUGAGGAUGGUAACUCAAGCAUGAACGAUAAAAGUAUUGAAUUGAAAAUGGGCUCUGAAGCAGAGGCGAAGGAAAAUGCAUGGCCAGACAUAUUGAAGUGCAGAUAUCAUGAUGUGUAUUACAACCUAACAAGUUACACAGAAAAGUAUGAGAUGUUGAUGCAGAGAUAUGCCGAGAGAUUUGUCGGUGCCGAAACAGAUACCAGUGUUAAUAUAUACUCUGGUGGUUUACAAUCGCCGAGUAGCGCUAGUAAACGGAAAGCUCUUAGACUGAAAAUGGCACAAGCGAAAUCUCCCGGGCGUCGGCUGUCCCAUUUGGCGCGUAGAAGGCAAGCCUUUUGCAGUGCAGCUACCAUAGGCGAAAAGGCCCAGUCUUCAACUAGCAAAAUGGUCCUUAUUGAUAAGAAUUACUUCCCGCACAGAAAGCUGAUCAACUCGGCCGAACGAAAGAGUCCUAGAACGAAACGUACUCCAGGCAAAAAGACACCAUCACGAAAAACACCAGGCAAAAAAACACCAGCGAAAACACCAAAAACUGGCGGAUCCAGUAAGAAAAAAGCGAUGCGGAGACUCGUAAUGGACGAUAACCUAUCAAAAACCCAACCGAAUAGAGAAACUUUGAAGCGAGCAUUAUUCAUAAGUCCUGAAAAUAGAAAGGCAAUGCCCAGUGCGUCUAGUAUGUCCGUGCCGAAUCAAGCGAUUAAAUCUAGACGGGCUUUGUUCGGGUCUCCGGUGCGAAUGGCUGAAACUAAAAGUAUGGACGGGACGCAGAGUGAUCAUUUCUUGAAGCGUAAGAGAGAUCCGUUUGAUGACGACGUUGAGGGUAAUAGGAGUAAGAUAGCGAAGAGUUUAUCGUUCGGAGGCGAUAUUGGCAGUGCUAAGGCUGUGGCGUUUAAUAGACGAGCCUCGGAAAUGCUAUCCACCAGGAAUAGUGCUGAGUUAAAUGAAACACACAAGAAGAAACUGCUAUGGGCAGUAUCAGAAGCCCUACGACUCCACGGUUGGCGGAUGUCGUCCCCUGGAUUUAAAGAGAAGGCAUCGUCGCUGGCCAGGCUAACUAGAAAACUGUUGACAUUACCGCCUCAUGCUGCUAAAUUAGCUGCUCCCAAACUGUCCACAUCAGAUACUCUUUUCAAGUUGGCACGGCAGUACGUAUUCGCCAUAAUCCAAGGCAGAACAGUAGAAGAGUGUUUCCAAGAUGAACAAAUUAAACUAGCGAAUGAGACAAAUAAAAUAUCCGGAUACAUAUCAGCUACAGCCUAUCAACAAUUGAAGUCCAAACCGCAUACAUUAACCUCCCAAAUAAAAGAGAACUGCACGGACAAAAAUGUAGUACAAGAACCGAAGAGCGCUUCAAAGAAUAUACUACAAGAUAAAUUGGUUAAUAUAGACUCUAAUUCAAGUGGGACAAGUAUGUUUGACAAGGUGCAGUUUAGAUCGAACUCCAUGCCGUCUUUUGAGGAAGCGGCCAAAAUGAGGGCGAGACGGCAGAUUAGCUUUGACAAUGUGGAGUUUCCUAAACGAUGAGUGAUUCUCGAUUGACUGAUGGUAUUUAUUUUUGUGUGCGGAUUGUUUGUGAAUAGCUUGGUGCAGUGUAUUGUGUUCUCGACAUGUGUCUGGACGAUAAAAUUUUAUUUAAAUAAUAUUUGGACAAUUAAAUCCAGUUAUGCGGUCUUUAAACUUUUGUGUUUAAAUAUAAGCUAAUUGAAUAUAAUAAUCCAUAUCUUGAAAUUAUAGCUUUAUACUAAAAUCCAUUCACAAAUUUUUUAAGUGCAAAUUUUAGAUAUCUUGAGUGUGAUAUCUUUUAGUUUUUACUGUUUGGUCAUCAUCCUGUGAGUUAAUUGUUUAUAUUUUUUCGUAACUAACUUUCCGCUCGCGGCUUUGCCCGGAUAGUUGAAAAAAUUUAAAAAAGAUCCAAGUUUUUCUCCCGCUAUGUCUUUACUCGGGUCUUAAAACUAUUUCUGUUAAAAAUUUCAUCCAAAUAGUUUCAGCCGUUCUAGAAUUAUGGAGAGUGUAACUAAUUACAAUAUAAAUACACUUAAAAUGAAAACUUGUCAUCAUUCUACUAUGUUAUGAAUGAAAUAAUAAUUAAAAAAACAUUGUGUCAAGGGAAAAAUCCAAUUAUAGUCUAAUUUUUGCAAACGUUUUUUCCACAAUGCGGCAAGGAGAAGAUUAGGAUAAAAUAAAACCUGAAAAAAGGUAUUUUAAAAUGGACAUGACUACUGAAAAGUUGAAUAAUCGCUAAUACAGAUGUCUACAAUUUGAAAUGAACUUAUUAAUACCUAAUUGAAUGACUGUUAUUGCUAAAAAACUAUCAUAUAUAUGUUUAGCUUGUUUAUUAAUAUUAGUGAAAAAAACCUACCACAUAGACUACAUUAUCGUUUUCUUGAUUGACUUAUGUGAUGUUUUUAGUAUUUUCGAACUUUAUGCUGGUCGCACAUUCGCAACGGAUAUGUUUUACAUACUAUAGCGCCAAUUCAGUGUUUGCAAGAAUGUGUGUGUGUGAUCCGGGAUAAACAAAUGCAAUAUAUUAUAUUUUUUUUCUUUUUGCUUGCAGUUCUGACAUGCGCUUCUGACAUGUGUUUAGUUUGAAUAGAUUCUGUAUAUAACAUUACAGUGUUUUUUAUAAGAAUUUACGGAUAUAUUUAAAUAUGACCUGAAUGUAAUAUUAUCUUAAAUAACCAAACGAAUACAGAUACACUAGUAAUUUUCCAUACUUAACAUUUCUCUCUACGUACCUCAGAAGGAACUGAUACACUUGAAGGGGUAUUCAUUUGACUUCAAAAAAGGGAGGCAAUUGGGUGAAACGAACCUGAUGUUUCUUUUUUUAUUUGAAAGCUGGUGCCUUCCGUGUGGUUUCAUUUAAAUUUAGCUAGUUCUGACAGUUUGAUGAUGUUAAUUUUUUUUUAUGUUCUAAUAAUUUAUCAAAGUCAUCAUUUUAUAUUUCCUUAAUUUAGUAUUUAUAUUUAUUGUUAUAGCAUAAUCAGCAAUUGCCUGUUUAAUGACUUCCUAAGCGUUUAAGUCAUCCAAUUAAUUUUUAAUGCUGUCGCAGGCCGAAUUUGCUUAUGUCACUAUUAGGUUUAGUCAGUGAUCAGAUUUGGAUCAGUUUACAUUCGCCUAUUGGUUAAGAUUUAAUUAAAAGCUUAAUAUAUUUUAGUAUAAAAUUUAUUGUUUAGGACUUCUUGACAGUAGGGGCAUUAAAAUUCUAGUGACCUUAUAAUAUUUUUACCUUAAGUUUGAGAAAGAACAUUAAAUUGUGUUUUAUGGAACACUUAUCGAUGCAAUGCUACAAAGCAAAUAUAAAAGGAAAAAACUAAUAUUUCUAUUUAUUGUCCAGUGUCAUUUUUCUUCUCAUUUUUAUCACAAAAUUUGUUUUAUAUAAAUAAUAUGAUAUCACUUGAAUUUUUUCAGAUAUCCAUCUACUGUAAAUACUUUUACGUGUGUAAUGCUUAUUUGACUAAGUACUGAGUUGUGAAAUAGAGGGGUAUAGAAAAUAUCACUGUGUUGCCGUCUCUCUUUAAAGAAGUAAAUUUUGUAGUACUCAAAAUAAUUUCCUAAUGUAAAUAAUUAAGAUGAUAACCAAGCCAGCGAGUAAUUUCAUUAUGAUUCUUUGCUUUAAAAUUUAGCCUUAUAGGUGCACGGUCGAUGUUUUUCUAUCCCGCUCUACUUGCGUAUCUAUGAACGUUGUACUGAGACCGAUCUCAGAUGUAUUGAAGAAUGUAAUAAAUUAUUUUGAAAGA